AUGCCUCAGAACAUCUUUGUCAUCAUCGUCAUGAUCCCCGUGGCUGGUGUAUCCCUUGGGUGCAAGAAGCUGGCGAUGCGUCUUCUCCUCGCCUAUCCAGUAGGCCGUCUCCUGCUGGCCUCCGUUUGUUUGCUGGUAUUUUCAGAUUUCCGACACCACCCCCCCUCCUUCACCACCACCCCCUGUUGCCUCCCCCACCCCAACCCGGGCCAGACCUUCCUCUUCCCCUUCCCCUUCCCCUUCCCGGGACUCCUCCGUUCAUUGGCCAUGUGGGAACCUUCCCUCUAUCCUGGGGAGGGCUUAGCCAGCGCUGAGGGGGGUCUUUAUUGUUCUUGGUGUCUCCGUGCAGCAUGGGUCGGAGCCCUGGCUAUGGGGAUGAUCUUCUUGUGUUCCCCCAUCGUGAGCAUCUUCACAGACCGGAUGGGCUGCAGAAUCCCAGCGACGGCCGGGGCAGCUGUCGCCUUCAUCGGCCUCCUCGCCAGUUCCUUCACCAACUCCCUGGAGGCCCGCUUCUUCACCUACGGCAUCCUCUUUGGCUGUGGGAGUUCCUUUGCUUUCCAGCCUUCUCUCGUCAUCCUGGGCCACUACUUCCAGCGGCGCCUGGGCCUGGCCAACGGCGUGGUGGCCGCCGCCAGCAGCCUCUUCUCCAUGUCCUUCCCCUUCCUGAUGAAGGUCCUGGGGGAGAAGAUCCAGUUGGCACACACCCUACAGGUACUCAGCGUCUUCAUGCUGAUCCUCAUGCUCCUGUCACUCACCUACCGGCCUCUCCUGCCCACAACCCACAACCCCCGGGCCAAGCUGGGACGAAGCUUUCAGCAGCAGUGUCUGGGCCACUUGACCAGCUACUGCAACAUGAGGGUCUUCUAUCACAGGACCUAUCGCAUCUGGGCAUUUGGCAUUGCCACAGCAGCUCUGGGCUAUUUCAUCCCCUACGUGCACUUGAUGAAGUACGUGGACAAGCAGUUCACCGGAGAGAAGAUGAUCAAGGACACCUGGGUCCUCCUGGUGUGUAUCGGGGCCACCUCGGGCAUUGGACGCUUGUUGUCUGGCCGGAUCAGCGACUCCAUUCCUGGCUUAAAGAAGAUCUACCUACAGGUCAUCGCCUUUAUGCUCCUGGGCCUAAUGUGCAUGAUGAUUCCCCUGUGCAAAGGCUUUGGUGGCCUCAUCGUCGUCUGCCUCUUCCUUGGCCUAUGUGACGGCUUCUUCACCACCAUCAUGGCACCUGUUGCCUUCGAACUGGUCGGGCCCAUGCAGGCAUCUCAGGCCAUUGGCUACCUCCUAGGCAUGAUGGCACUGCCCAUGACCGCCGGGCCCCCCAUAGCAGGUCUCCUCCACAACUGUUUUGAGAACUACCACGUGGCCUUCUACUUUGCGGGCAUCCCCCCCAUCAUUGGAGGCAUAAUCCUCUUCUUUGUUCCACUGUUCCAUCGGAAAAUGCCCAAGAAACAGGAAAUGGACUCCAGCAAGGACAAGAUGCUGGCCUCAGACACCAUCAUGAACGGAGAGCUGCUGCCCGGGGCCCCUGCCACAGAGGCUCACAUCUAACACCCUGCCCCCAUCGCUGCCUCCCACCCCGGCCUCCACCCUCUGGCCUCCAGCACCUCUCCCUCAACCCAGCCGUGGGCACUUCCUACACCCUAUCUUGGGUGCUCUGCAUUCAUUAGCCAAGUUCUCCCCCAUUUAAUGCCUUGUACCUUUCCAGUGCCACGGCUUGGAAAGUCUCUCUCUAGGGUGGCUUUUCUCUUGCCUUUUGGACUUCCCCCCAGCAAUCUUCUGAUCUCUCAGUGAGGUCGAGGAGUCGUUAUAUCUUGGCCCCACGUUGGGCCACCAACUUCUGGUAGUGGUCACUCUGCUCCCAGGAGCCUUGGGGGGGAGAUCCAGGCCCCUGAGUGCUAACGAGUGAGUCACCCAUACUGCUAUCCAUCUGCCUUUGGGAAUCGUGGGAAGGAAGCAAAUUCAGAUGUCACCAAAUGCUCUAGUAUCCCCGACUUUGAAUGAUACCACGCAUCAAGCUAUUGGGAGGCCCUGACGACUGGUUCUCGCCACACCAGUACACCAGUGCACCAGUGCACCAGUGGGAGGGCUUGACUGGCUGGCUAUCCCCUCUCCCCUAGAGGCAGUUGCUUCUUCCUUCUCGUUUUCCUUCCUCUGCUUCUUCCCUCCCUCCCUUCUUCCUCUCCUCUGUUUCUUCUUGUAUAGGAUGCUGGGGCAGAGGAGCAAUCUGACCAACUAACAAGCAUCUAUUAAGUGCCAGGACCUGUGCUAGGUGCUAGCGGCUGUGCCCUUCCAAGUUCGGGGUGGACCAACCCAUCUCAUCCCAUCCCACCCCACCAGUGACAUAAAUGGCUGUGUGGGCCCGGGUCAGUCACAGCAGAGACUGAUCCCUUCUUUAGUUUUCCCCGCAUACAGAACAAGGCGGGUUGGACUCUCUGGUAUCUCUGAGGUUUUAAAUCCUUGAAUUCCACCAACCACGCUUUCUCGGGGUGGGGCAGGGACCGGUAGAGUUUCUCCCCUUUGACCGUUGAUCCUCAUGGGUCCUCCGGACACCAGGGUCGGAGUUAGCUGGGAAGAACAGGGGUGUCCUCCAAGAACCCUUUCUUCUCCCUCUCAUCUCAAGCUCAGCAAUCCUUGAGCUUCUUGGCCCCCCGUUGAUGGGUGACGGGUGCUCCCCCACCCGUUGCCACCCGAGUGCUUGCCAAGCGAAAGGAGCCUGGCUGUUAAGAACCUCUGAACAUUUGCCGGCAACAGAAUGAAUGUAGGCCUAGGCCUCUGCCAUCCUCGUUCAGAAACCUCCGGCCCAAUCAAUGUUUGGGGCAUCCCUCGCUCCAUCCCAAGGCUAGACGCGUUCCAUAAACAUGCAGCAGAGGGAAAGCCGUAGUGAAUUCAGGCCAUUGCCAAGGAGACAAUUGAAAUUCUCUGAUCUAAGCCGGCCUCGGAAACUUUGCCCCCUGUCCUCCCGCCUCCCUCCGGUAGUCACUCUAAGAAGCUCUGGGUACGUAACUCGUCUCUCACGGCCAAGCCCCAUUCCAGCUCCAUCCAAGCCUCCGGCCAUCUGUCAGCUAAUCUAGCCUUGGUCAAGGCCCUUCCCCACUCGAGGACUGAGCUUGCUCUUAGAAAGUGUCGUGAGGCCUGGCUAGGAACCUAUCUCUGGCUGUCAUACAGGUCAGUAUUAUGGGGAAAGGGCUACCGGCCCUGGGCCCGGGCCCAGCGCUGGACCCCAGGCCCCUGUAGAGAAUAUCUGGAACAUGGAGACGGAGGUGGCAGAUGGGAGGCUUUCGUUAGAUAGCCGAGAGCCGUCUUCAGUUAUCUGGGGGGAAACUCACUCACCUCCGUCCUGACCCCGCCGCCACGCUGGGGCUCUCUGGACCGCUCUGGUUAGGAGGUGGAAUGAGGGAGCUGGCACAUCCCCAGCAGCAAGGGGCGCCGAGGCAGGGGUCUGACCCCAGCUAAUGCAGGCACAAAAGUUGCCAGGAGCAGACAGCACUGGCCCAGGCCUCUCUCUGUGAAGCAGAUGCCAACUUCUUGCCCCUGCCCAGGCCCUGGGCGGCAGUCCUGCUGAAUACGGCCCCAAAAGCCCCUGGUCUGAGAACAAAGGGACCCAUCAGGGCCACUUGAAGACUUGCUCAUUAGGCUUGGAACGGCACCACUAGGGCUCCUUCCCAGCCUCUCUCCACUUGGGCAUGUGGCCUCUCUCUGUGUCCCCACCUUGGCUGUUGCUCUGGACCAUCAUUAGUGAGGCAGUGAAUGAGGGCCGCUGGGGCCUUUGAUCCCUCUGCCCUCUGGGGCCGUGGGGUCAGGGAAGGGCCCUGGAAGCCCCUCCAGAUCUCCUUCUGCACUCUGGCUCCUCUAAAACCAACCUAUUCAUCCAAACAUGGGAAAGAGACAAUCCCACACUGAGGUUGUUUUCCAAAACCAUGAAGUUUUACUUUACAAACUGGCAGCCGGGAGGGCCUUGGCCAGGACAAGGGUUGGCGCCUAACUUCUUCCCGGUCCAGGGCCCUCGGCCCCUUUGGCUAGGUACCCCCUCCCCCGCCCCUUUUCCGGCAGCAGCACAGUGUCAUGGAAAGAACACUGGAUUUGGAGGCCAAAAAACUGCCUCGGAAUCUCAGCUCUGUUGCUGAGUGAACAUUAGAGAAGCCCUUCCCUCCUCUAGGCCUCAGUUUCCUCACCUUUAAAAUGAGACCAUUGAAGUUAGAAGAUCUCUAAGGCCCCUUUCUAGCUCCAAAAUCCUAUCAUCUGUAGCAACUGAGGCACUCCAGGCCUAGGGCCUGUUACGCCUUACUGAACUAGAAGGGUGGGCAGGGGCCAGAUGAAUGAGCAAGUGUGGGGUUCUGCCCACCAAGAAGAUAGACUUCCAGACUCCUGUAAUGUCUAGGAACUUCCCCGGGAUGGCCGUUGGUAAUUUCAUAGCAGCCAUGAGAUCCCUCCUCCUCCUCCAAAGAGGGCUUUCCCUCUUGGGCUCUCAGCUGGCCCAACAGUGGCCCCGCUGACCGAUGGGGAACGGAGCCCUGGGUCAGUUCCUACUGCUUCAGGUGGUUCUGAGAAGUCUAACGUCCCCUUCUUGUCUGGAUGAAGGACGGGAGGCUCAGCCCCACUUCCCUGUGGCAGCCAAGGCCUUGGGGUAGAAGGUGCCCGGACGCCUCUCCCAAAUCUGCGUCUGUGCUUGGCCUGGGGCUUUGUGGAAAGUUGGCCACCGGAGCCUAACGUUCAUCUUCGUUCUAGUGAGUGGCCAGGCGGGGACUCGAGCAGGAGAACGGGUUGGAAGUCAUGGGGGGGGGGCAGCGGAGGGUUAGAGGAACUCCUGAAAUGGCCCCUUUGAGCCUUCUCCAGCAGAAAGUCGAAACAGACCUCCGCUGCCUGCGGCUCGGGGCCGUGGACAUUGAAAUCCUGGAGGAGUUUGGGACAAAUAAACAAAUCUGCAAACUUUGCCUUGGUAUGUGCACUGGCUCCCAGGGUGCAACAAACUUGACCCUGUGAACAGCAGGAAGUUUGGCUUUGGGACCAAGGAGGCCACAGUCUUGUUUGAAAUCCCCCAAUCUGUCGGGGUCCAUAUUCUCUGCCAGAGCGGAAAUUGGAAGUGGAGCCAUGCAGGGGACUGGGUUGGGCUGUUUUGGGUUAGAUUCUUUUUUCUCGGCUCAAAUGGAAAAUGUGGUGCCUUUCAAAAACGGGAACCCCUGGGGCAGCUCUCGUAGCCUCAUUCCUCCAGCCAGGUAGCAGCGGCCCGAGAGGCCCCGUGGCGGUGAGGAGCUCCCUCUCGUCCCUUGCCUAGUGGUGGAAGUGAUCUGUAGUGUGAGUGCUCCCGAAUCCUGGUGCCACCUCGAUUGAGCCUUAAGGCCCGGGGCUCUCAGUGGCCAUUACCGUGGAUGCCAUUACUGCACGGGGAGGAUCUCCGUGCGGCUACUACGUAUGGCAAAGCCGGGUUUCCCUUCAGUUCAGUUCAUUUUUGUAACUUUAACAUUCUCUCAUGAUUGCCAAAGCAUUUCUCUUCUCUUCUAACUCCCUCCCCACUCGAUGGAAGUUAUUAAGGAUCAAAUAAAUUGCCCCCUCCCCGAGGGGCCAGAGGAUACAGGGAGAGGAUGAGGUUGAGUUCUAAGGAAAGAUCUGCCCACCCUGGAAUUGGGGGGGCUUGGAGGGGAGUCACAUGGGGGAGGUAGGCUUACAACAACCCAUAAAUAUCAUGCCUUGUAUGUCACAGCCCAGGCUGGUGGACAGCAGACCUGGUUUCGAAUCCCACCUCUACUACUUCUUGGUUCUAGGACUGGGCAAGUCCUCUCCCAUCUGCAAGUGGCCCAGACGGUCACUGAGGUCUGUUUCCUUCCAUUGGACCAUCCUACAAAUAUUGCCCCCAAGUGAAAGAUGCCAAGCUGGGCAUCCGUCCCUUUGCCCUGUGGUAGAGGGAAUCCUGGAUGAGCUGGAGAGAUCACCCCUCCUGCUGCCCCCCCUCCCCCAGCCUCCACUCAGCACCAAAAAGGCAGAUGGAGAUUUAGCGAGGGUGGGGGAUGGAUGCCUCGUCUCCCUGCCACCUCUGCCUGGUGAGAAGAAAGCCAAGCCUUGGGAGGUUUUUCCCAAUUCGUUCUCCCCACAGGGUAAUGUGGUUUCUUGUCUGACCCCGGUGCCAGACUAAUCCUGCUCCCCUCCAACCCCCCCCCCAGCUCUCAUCCUUUGCUCCUAAGCUACCAGCCGAGGCCCAAGGGCUGCUCCCUGGCCUUCGCCCAAUCCAAGCGCUCACCCUUACCCCUACCUCGGCCCUCCACAAGCCCCGAGGCCUCCGCUUGUGUUUGAUCCCCCCGAAUCAUUAGAUUUCAAAGCUGGAGAAUCCCAUCGUUUUUAUGAGUGUUUUCUCUCCUCCUCCCUUUCAUCUCCGAGAAGGCGGCAGACUCACCUCCCGCACAUGGCAGCCUCGAGAGCCAGAAGAAAGGUGCCAGCACUUGAGGGGUUAAACAAUGCCUUGUGGUAGAGGCACGAUGUCUUAGAAGGUCUCUUUUGCCUGGUGGACACCUCCGGCAGGGGCACAGAUGCAGGCCCAGGACCGCUGUGGGCCAGGAGAUACGUUCCACAGCCUUCAGAAGCGAAGCUCGAGGGAGGCCCUGAGCCUGAGGCCUGAUUCUUCUGGGCCUCGGCUACUGUCUGCUUGUCCUGGCCCAGAGCAGGCCCAAGGUCACUUUCAAGCUUGCCUGCCCUAAAUCUUGUGCUCACCUCGAGCAGCCUCUGGAAUUACCCCCAGGCCUCACUGUUCCGCUGCCUUCGGGGUCCGGCCUAGUACAGUCUGGUCCGCUGUCUCCCAGAGGAAGUUGUCUUCUUGGGAGGCCCCGACGUUCCUCCGUGUCUGGUUCUCCCUCCGGCAGCUGUCUGCUCACCAGCAAAGCCUGGCAGGAAGAUUCCAGUGGCCCGAGCGUUCCCUCUUUGCCUCUCAUCCUACCUGAGGCUGUUGGGCUGGCCCCACUCAGAAGGCCACUCGGGCCCCAGCUUGGCUCCCUUAGAGCACCAGCCCUGCCUCCCAUCCCUCGAAGGCCCAGGGCGCAGCCUUCCCAGCAGCAGCCUUCCUAGGCCUUUGUCCUGGGCUGUCUCCACCUCUCGGGGCUCGCCGCCCUUCUCCACCCAUCAUACCUGGCCUGGCCUUCCCCUUGUGUAGUUGUGUAUCCAUAUGUAGCUCCUUCCUUCAGUUUGCUGAGCUUUUCUCCGAUGUUGUUGCAAAACCCAGCCGCUCCCACGUUGGGCCUCUUCCUCAGCCAAGAGCCACCCUUCAAAAGAUCCCGAGAUCAUUAUAUUCUGCACCUCUCAAGUAUUGUAUUAAAGAGUGACAAUCCUU